CGGUGGUGCAGCAGUUGCAUUUUUGCCCAUGUUGGACGACCGGAUCCUGGCGGCGCCGACGGCAACGCUCGAGACGAGCGACGUGCUCCUCUACGUCGCUUGCCUCGUCGUCUUUGUCAUUGUGCUGGACGCGCUCCUGCACUCGCUCGAGCACGCGUUCAAGCGCCAUCGCAAGUACGCCGAGAUGCUGCACAAGACGACCCAAGAACUCAUGAUUGUCGGCCUCAUCUACCUCAUGGUCAAGUUCUGCCUCUACAUUGGGCUCGUGGCCAAAGGCGGCGUUGCCUACCAGGCCAUGGACGCGGCCGACAUCCUCGUCUUCUUCCUCGCGAUCGCGCUCGUGCUCCAAGCCGUCAUCGUGUUUCUGCGCCUACGUCGGUCCAACAAGAAAAUGGACAAGAUCUCGAUCAUUUCGGCGCGGGAUCUCGUCGCGGAAGCCGAGGCCAAGCAGAAUGCGUACGCGUUGCAUUGGAACAAGCUCAUGCGCACGGUCGUCUCGAACCGGUACGAGGAGCGCAUGCACAUGAAGAUCCUCGGGCACUUUUUCCUCCAAACGUACGAGCUCCCCAAGAUUUUCUCCUUUCCCAAGUACAUUCGCGAAGUCCAAGACAGCCAAAUUGCGCAUUUGAUUGAGAUUGACGUGACAAUCUGGCUCGUCCUCUUUGGCAUUUACGCUGCGUUUUUCGCGUGCACGGGCGAGCUCGUGACGCACAGCGCGUACCAAGCGUCAAAAGAAGCGCGCCUUUCGGUCUUUGCGUGCUUCGGCCUCUCGCUGUCGCUCGUGAUGCUGUUGCUGCUCAUCUACCUGCGCUACCUCGUGCAGCUGCUCAUGGCCCACGCGUUUGCGACCAAUAUGCAGUCGUCCAUUACGGUGGACGAGUCGCUCGACAUGCGCGAGUUUGUCAACCUCAAGCGCGCGAUGGAGCCCGUCAUUCGCGAGGAAGAGCGCGAGCGCACACAGGACAUGGACCGAGCGCUCGCUCAAAUGCAGCGCGUCGAAGAAGAAUUAACAAGUCCCGAGAUGCUCCACGCACAGCACCACGGUGCGGCGUGGCUGGCGCACGACCUUUUGCUGCAGCUCUUGCGGUCCGCAAUGCGUCGACUGCGGGGUCUCAAACCCCAAAUCAAGAAGAACACGCUCUCGGUCAAGCUCACAGCGAGUGGCGGCGGCACGUUUACGCUGCCGUACUUUUCGCACAAGCUCGUGCAUUUCCUCAUGCAGCUCUUCCUCAUCAUCAACGGCUUCUACUGCGCGCUGCUCCUCAACUGCAUCAUGUACAUGGGCGGCGCGUCCAUCGGCAGUGCGUUCCGCGUCGUCGGGCUCGCGCUCCCGCUCCUCUUCAACGCGAUCGUGCUCGCGCCCAAGAUUGUACGGCAGUUUGCGCUCGUCUCGGGCACGUGGCGGGUGGAGCCCAAGAAGCUCGCGAGCGUCAUCGAGCACGUGAUCGAAGUCAACACCCUCACAGGUCAAAUGGUCCACCAGAUCGUCAACCACUUGCACCGGACGGGCCAGCAUAUUCGGGACGUCGAGAACGCGCUUGCGCGCGCAGACGCCAUUGACGACGACGCGGGCGACGGCUUUAUCCACACCGAAGUGCUCCGUGACACGCUCAAGCAGUUUGGCUUUGCGUUUUCGCGCCAUAAAUUCCACACGUUUGUGCGGCUCCGCUUUGCGACCAAGGGCAAGACGAUCCGGUACCAAGAUCUCAUGACAUUGCUGCCCAAAGACGUCACCAACAGCCAGCAAAACCACGGCCCACAGAACGAGAACACGGACAACAAAGGUAUGGACGGGCUUCAAGUCGCCGAGGUUUAAGGUGGAAUGCAAGCUGCAGAUUGUAUGCUUGGUGAGAGUUUG